AUGUCUCCUCUGAAGAUACAUGGCCCUAUCAGAAUUCGAAGUAUGCAGACUGGGAUUACAAAAUGGAAAGAAGGAUCCUUUGAAGUUGUGGAAAAAGAGAAUAAAGUCAGCCUAGUAGUUCACUACAAUACUGGAGGGAUUCCAAGGAUAUUUCAGCUAAGUCAUAACAUUAAAAAUGUGGUGCUUCGACCCAGUGGAGCAAAGCAAAGCCGCUUAAUGUUAACUCUACAAGAUAACAGCUUCUUGUCUAUUGAUAAAGUACCAAGUAAGGAUGCAGAGGAAAUGAGGUUGUUUCUAGAUGCAGUCCAUCAAAACAGGCUUAAUGCAGCCAUGAAACCUUCUCAGGGUUCUGGUAGUUUUGGAGCUAUUCUGGGCAGCAGGGCCUCACAGAAGGAAACCAACAGGCAGCUUUCUUACUCGGACAAUCAGGUCUCUUCAAAAAGAGGAAGUUUGGAAACUAAAGAUGAUACUCCGUUUCGAAAAGUUCUUGGUAAUCCAAGUAGAGGAUCAAUUAAGGCUGCAGCAGGAAAUGGAGUAACUCCUACCCGGACAAUUCCGCCUUUGACAUCUACAUCCACACCUCUUAGAUCAGGGUUACUAGAAAAUAGGACUGAAAAGAGAAAAAGAAUGCUGUCAUCUGGCUCAGAGUUGAAUGAAGAUUACCCUAAGGAAAAUGAUUCAUCAUCGAACAACAAGGCUAUGACAGAUCCCUCAAGAAAGUAUUUAACCAGCAGUAGAGAGAAGCAGCUGAGUUUGAAACAGUCAGAAGAGAAUAGGACAUCAGGGCUUCUACCUUUGCAGUCGUCAUCUUUUUAUGGUAGCAGAACUGCAGCCAAGGACUAUACUCCUGGCAGCACUAACCUAGACAGGACUAAUAUUUCAAGCCAAACUCCAUCUGCCAAAAGAAGUUUGGGAUUUCUUCCUCAGCCAGCUCCUCUUUCUGUUAAAAAACUGAGGUGUAACCAGGAUUACACUGGUUGGAACAAGCCAAGAGUGCCCCUUUCCUCUCACCAACAGCAGCAACUGCAGGGCUUCUCCAAUUUGGGAAAUACCUGCUAUAUGAAUGCUAUUUUACAAUCUCUAUUUUCACUCCAAUCAUUUGCAAAUGACUUGCUCAAGCAAGGUAUCCCAUGGAAGAAAAUUCCACUCAAUGCACUUAUCAGACGCUUUGCACACUUGCUUGUUAAAAAAGAUAUCUGUAAUUCAGAGACCAAAAAAGACUUACUCAAGAAGGUUAAAAAUGCUAUUUCAGCUACAGCGGAGAGAUUCUCUGGUUAUAUGCAGAAUGAUGCUCAUGAAUUUUUAAGUCAGUGUUUAGACCAGCUGAAAGAAGAUAUGGAAAAAUUAAAUAAAACUUGGAAGAUUGAACCUGUUCCUGGAGAAGAAAAUUCACCAGAUAUUUCAGCUACUAGAGUAUAUACUUGCCCUGUUAUUACUAAUUUGGAGUUUGAAGUUCAGCACUCCAUCAUCUGUAAAGUAUGUGGAGAGAUUAUUCCCAAAAGAGAACAGUUUAAUGACCUCUCCAUUGACCUUCCUCGAAGGAAAAAGCCACUCCCUCCUCGUUCAAUUCAAGAUUCCCUUGAUCUUUUCUUUAGAGCAGAAGAACUUGAGUAUUCCUGUGAGAAAUGUGGUGGAAAAUGUGCUCUUGUCAGGCACAAAUUUAACAGGCUACCCAGAAUCCUCAUACUUCAUUUGAAACGAUACAGCUUCAAUGUUGCUCUCUCACUUAACAACAAGAUUGGGCAGCAAGUCAUCAUUCCAAGAUACCUGACCCUCUCAUCUCAUUGCACUGAAAAUACGAAACCACCCUUUAACCUUGGUUGGAGUGCACAGAUGGCAGUUUCUAGACCAUUGAAAGCCUCUCAAAUGGUGAAUUCCUGCAUCACCAGCCCUUCUACACCUUCAAAGAAUUUCUCCUUCAAAUCCAAGACCUCUUUGGCUUUAUGCCUUGAUUCAGACAGUGAAGAUGAGCUUAAACGCUCUGUGGCCCUUAGCCAGAGGCUUUGUGAAAUGUCAGGCAGUGAACAGCAGCAGGAGGAGCUGGAAAAGGAUUCAAAAUCAUGCAGAAUAGAACCUGAUAAAUCUGAAUUGGAAAACUCGGGAUUUGACGGAAUGAGUGAAGAGGAACUGCUAGCAGCUGUUUUAGAGAUAAGUAAAAGAGAAGCCUCACCAUCUCUCAGUCAUGAAGAUGAUGAUAAACCAACCAGCAGCCCUGAUACCGGAUUUGCAGAAGAUGAUAUUCAAGAAAUGCCUGAAAAUCCAGACUCUGUGGAAACUGAGAAGCCGAAGACAAUCACAGAGCCCGAUCCUGCCAGUUUUACUGAGAUAACUAAAGACUGUGAUGAAAAUAAAGAGAACAAAACUCCAGAAGGAUCUCAAGGAGAGGUUGAUUGGCUCCAGCAGUAUGAUAUGGAGCGUGAGAGGGAGGAACAGGAGCUUCAGCAGGCAUUGGCUCAGAGCCUCCAGGAGCAAGAGGCUUGGGAACAGAAAGAAGAUGAUGACCUCAAAAGAGCUACAGAGUUAAGUCUUCAAGAGUUUAACAACUCUUUUCUGGAUUCAUUGGGUUCUGAUGAGGACUCUGGAAAUGAAGAUGUUUUAGAUAUGGAGUACACAGAAGCUGAAGCUGAGGAACUGAAAAGAAAUGCUGAGACAGGAAAUCUUCCUCAUUCCUAUCGGCUCAUCAGUGUUGUCAGUCACAUUGGUAGCACUUCUUCUUCAGGUCACUACAUUAGUGAUGUGUACGACAUUAAGAAGCAGGCAUGGUUUACAUAUAAUGACCUAGAGGUAUCUAAAAUCCAAGAGGCUUCUGUUCAGAGCGAUCGAGAUCGGAGUGGCUACAUCUUCUUUUAUAUGCACAAGGAGAUAUUUGAUGAGCUGCUGGAAACAGAAAAGAACUCUCAGGCACUUAACCUGGAAGUGGGGAAGACCACUCGUCAGGUUUCAUGAGCAAACCCCUGGGUUGGCAGUGUGCACUGCGUAUUCUCUCUUACUGCCACCCACUUCGCUUUCCUCUGUCUGAGAAGAAUUUGGA